UCCAGUGUAUAAAUGGCUUUGUGCGCUAAGAUUGAGAGGAGGCAAUUUAAGUUCUGAACCUUCCACAGCAGGAGAGGAUGGGAAGACCCCCAUGCUGUGAUGAGAGUGGCAUCAAGAAGGGUCCUUGGACCCCUGAAGAGGACCAGAAGCUCAUCCAAUACAUCCAGAAGAAUGGCCAUGGAAGCUGGAGAGCCCUUCCUAAACUUGCUGGGCUCAACAGAUGUGGUAAGAGUUGCAGGCUAAGAUGGACAAACUAUUUGAGGCCAGACAUAAAGAGAGGGAAGUUCUCACCAGAGGAAGAGCAAACCAUUCUUCAUCUCCACUCCAUCCUGGGAAACAAGUGGUCAGCCAUUGCAACCCACCUCCCGGGUCGGACCGAUAACGAGAUCAAGAACUUCUGGAACACCCACCUGAAGAAGAAGCUUAUCCGUAUCGGCGUCGACCCAAUGACGCAUCACCCGAGGAUGGAUCUUCUGGCCACCUUGACUCAACUUCUGUGCAUUGCAGACCUCACAGGGAUCAUGGAACUCCGUGCAUGGGAUGAUCAUGCAGCCAGGUUUCUGCAGUCUCUUCUCCAAUCUCCAGCAACAAUUAAUAUGAGCAGCUUCAGUAGCAUCAUUCCUGAGAUGAAGCCCAUGAGUUCAAUGAACACGCAAGCCCCAGAUACUACUACUUCAGUUCCAUCUCCUGGCCUUUUUCCAGCAGCUAUAUCCAAUGCUGAAUUCUAUGGUGUGCCAGAGAUGUCAUUCGGGUUUCAUCAGCAGCCUCUUGGGAACUAUAUAAAACAGGAUUCGACUUGCAACGAUGAACUAGAAGCAGCCAUGUCUACUCCAUCAGCUCUUCUCAGGGAUGCCGAUCGAUCAUUGGGCAAUGGAGACAAUUGCAUCAUUUCCAGUAAUGCCGGAUGCGUGCUUCCUCCAUCUUUCUGGUCUGAGUUCUUUGACGACCCCCUUGUGCGCGGACCUAUAUGAUAUAUUUCCCUCGUCAUCCUUGCGAGGUUUGUGCUUGGUGGAUUCGAGACUGUCGAUGAGGAAACGCCACCCUUUCUUUUCUUCGUACAACGUUUGCCAAUGCACAUAUGUUGAUUGUUAUCCUCAUCUUUUGUUAAGACAAGCAAAUAAAAAUAUGAUUGAAGAAAGAACCUGUCAUCUACAUACAUGGAUCCGAG